AUUUUUAAGUGACACUAGUGACUAGUGUCAGUGGUGUGAGUGCUCCAUGUUCCCUACUGCAAAGUUAUUUGAGUGUUGAAGGAAACAACCAGCGAUUAAACAUAUGAGUAUUAAUUUUUGUCAAUUGAAUGAAAUCAAUGACAAUGAAUACUCAAGUACGACAUCCUUACGAGGGUCUCCUCCACAAAUACACGAAUGCAAUGAAGGGUUGGCAGUACAGGUGGUUUACAUUGAGCCCUGAAACUGGCGAGUUGCAUUACUUUUUGAGUGAGUCAGAGAAAAAUCAGAGGCCAAGAUGCUCGAUUUACUUGGCUGGAGCUGUCAUAGCACCCAGUGACGAGGACUCCAACACCUUCACCGUCAACUCUGCAACUGGUGACAUGAUAAAAUUACGAGCAACUGAUGCUCGAGCUCGACAGGAGUGGGUCGACAAAUUAAGGGCAGUUACUGAAAUGUACACUCGAGCUAUCGCCAGCAGUCAUCCACCCUUGCCACCACGAGAACAUUCCGCCAACGCAUCGAGACAUCCAGUUGCCAAACUCGAAGUUCUUGAUGCUUUUGCUAAUUGUCGGGAACAGCUCAACAAAGUUGAAAAACAGACUCAAACCCUUUCCCAAACUAUCGAGGGAUCGAUCUUCCAUCUUGAUCAUGAACUUUUAGUCCUAAAAGCCACUGCUCAUGCGACGUUGCACACAUUGAAUCAAUGUUUGAACAUUUUGUAUCAAUAAUUGGGUGGAUAAAUUUUGUUUUGAGAAUUUUCGCUGUCACGCACGAAAAAAAUUUACAGCGUGACCUAGAGCAUUCGGUACAAAACUACUGAUUUAUAGAACUUCUUUUGAUUAUUCUUGUGAUUU